UCUAAUUCAGACUCUGUGGAGCAAAAAACAGCACUGUUGCAAAACUAGAAACAACCUUAGAUGCUAGUGCUUGAUACUGGAUAUUUGAUGCAUAACAUACCUCUGCAGUUGUAAGAUCUGAGCCAUGGGAAUAAUCGGUUGUCAAAGCAAUGGAUCCAUGGAUGAUACCAAGUUCAGCAAACCCAUGCCAUGGAUCGGCAUAUACAUAGCAGCAGCAUCUCUUGCUUGCCUCAUAGCAAUAGCUGCAGAUCUCGUACAUGGAAUCCGUGGUCGAAAGCUUUGGUUCCCUUGCAAAUUCUUCUGCCUCAACGCCACUUCCUUGGCCCUUAUAGCUGUUGCAGUGAAGUUAUCGGUGGAUCUCAACACCCCCAUGCCUCACCGCAACGAUCAGCUUUCAAAACUCAGCAGCAGCGCCUUGAUCUGCACAAUCAUGGCCAAUUCCAUGCCCACUCUCGGCAUCACGGAGAACAAAGACACCAUGAUGAACCUCAUGGCCAUGGCCAUCCUCGUUGUCACCAUGAUUGUCAACAUCUGCAUCCAGUUUGUUACCGGCGUUAUCUAUGUCUUCUGGGUGGAACAUGGUGUCAUCAUGCUCAUCAUGCUCAUUUUGUUGAUGACCAUGACCUCCUCAGCCAUAAGUAUUCCAAAGAUGAAGCACUAUUUUGAGCUGAAGUAUAAGAUGAAUGAAGAGGCACUUAAGGAAAGUUCAACCCUAUUUAGGGAGGAGGAGAAUCAAAUCGUGAACAGACUCAGAGAUCAACUAAUGAAAUUUUGGAUGAUGACUCACACAAGCAGCCCUCAAUUUGUUCUUGGAAGGUCAGUGACUUGUACUGCCUCUGGUGGGUUCUGUCUUCUGAGUACCUUGACAUUAGUUGAGGCCAUGCUUAGGUCUUACCUUAUGCCAUGGUCGUUUGAGUUUUGCACCGGUGACUGUGACUACAAGUGGUCCAUCAUCUUGAUUCUCGUAGUUCAGGUUGCUGCGGUGGUGUUCGGUACUAUUGCUCCUGCUUUUAGAUGGUUCGUUGUCAUAAGUUAUAGGUGCCCAAGUGCGAGGAAUGGGAGCUGCAAGAGAAAGUUUCACGUAGAAGGGUACUGGACCACAAAGCUAGUGAAUAUCAAAGAAAGUCCUCUUGGUUUUCGAAUUCAUAAUAGGCACUACAGAAAGCUGGCUCAUGAUGCAAAACUACUUCUAUUGUGUUUCUGUAUUAAACUUCAGGUGGGGAUUGUGCUGAUGUGUAAAGCCACUCAAUACGUUUCGAUAUACCUGAUGUGCUGGAUCUUGACGUGUUAUGAUCAUUGCAAGAAGUUGAAAUCCAAAUUUGUUUCUAGUGUCUCAAGGGUUAGCUCGGGAACAGAGUCAAGGCCUGGCCCAAAGCUUGAUUUGAGGCGUUUUGUUUUGCAUCUUGAAGGUGAGGAAGAAUUCGUUGAGGUGAUGAUGAAUCAUAAUCGUGAUGCCACUAAUCACUGGGUUGAAGUAGGAGAAAAGAAGCAGCCAAAACUUCUCAUUGAAUUAUUGGAGAAGUGUUCUUUCUUGCAAGGGUUCAAGGGAGUUGGAGCAUUUGACAGUGACCAAAUUCUUUCUUUACAUGCAGUAGAAGCUCCCCAUAAUUGGUCACUUCCUCUGGUGACACUAGCUAGCAUUGCAGUGGCCCUUCCAAACAUCAAUAGGAGUUCAGUCAAAAAAUUGAUUAGUACAAUAAAUGAAGGGCUACCCUUUGUAAAGUUCAUAGAAAAUAACCUUGACAAAGAAAGAGAUUUGUUUAAACUCGGAAAGGCUGCAGAAAUUGUGUGGCUUGGAGUUGAUCUAUAUGGCAAGUGGCUAGAUGUGGAUCUUCGUGAGCUCUCACUUCAAGAUAAGUGCCCCAAAGAGACACUUGAGAAACUAGCUGAUGCUGCAAAAAUCAGUUAUGAGAAAUUUAAAGUCAAAUAUAAGCACAUAUGCAUAAAGUUAAGCCCUUCAUUAUGGCCCAGCAAAGUAUCGGCAUCUCACACUAUGUACAGAAUAUGCAAAACUGCUCUCUUAAAUCAUGAACUCAUAAGAGACAACACGAAUGAGAGGUUGUUCGAAGCACUUACACUGAUGAUUUCUGAUAUAUUGGGUGCAUGUCUCACCAACUUACCCCUUGUUAUAUCCAACAAGUGUUUGAAUAGCACCAUUGAAGAGAGGGAGGAUACUGUAAGACAUGCGGUUUACAUUCUUGGUAAGACCAAGAAGAUUAUAGAAAUGCUAGAAAAGAGAGCAUUUCCCCACGUGGAUUUCUGCCGAGGGACGUUCAUUGAAGAUUGGCGUUUAAUGCAUAAGCAAAAGAGUCUUUUGUACUUUGUUCCAUCUUCACCGGAGAAUGACACAUAUACAUCUCCUCACAAAUCAAGUGAUUUUUACCUAAAUAUUGACUAAACGCCAGAGCAGAGGUACUGGUGAUUUACAAUUUUGUAUAUUGUUGCUGGAAAAGCUUUCAGAUUUUGCUUGAUGUAUAAAGUUUAGGUAAACUAGGAUAAUUUAGGUGUAACAGAAGCAUUAAAAAAAAUUGUAGAGUAAAUCACUAGUUUUUGUUGGAGUACCAUGUAUAAAUUGUAAGUCUUGAACAAUUUUUUUUUCAGGUAACUAUAUUAUUAGUAUCAA